AUGGGAAUAUGUAAAAGUAAAUUACGUCCAAAAGAAUAAAAACUAUCUGUAAUAAGAAGGUUUUCUAAACUGAACAUCCAUCAGUUUUAUCGUUUCACUUAAAUACUAGGUAGUGGGUCUUUUGGAACUGUUAAAUUAGCUUUCAGUUUAGAAUAGGAAAGAAAUGGCCUUUAAUCAAAAUGUUAUGCAGUGAAAUCAAUUGAUAAAGUAACUUAAAAAAUUAAAAUAGCAUCGUAUUGGUUAAAGAUUACAUUUGAUUCAAAGAGAAUUAGAGAUACUUGUUCAAUUAGAUCACCCUAAUAUUAUAAGAGUCUAUGAAACAUAUGAAGAUAUGAGAUACUAUCAUUUUGUAAUGGAAUAUUGUAGAGGAGGAGAAUUAUUUGAGAGAAUAGUAAGAAAAGGAGUGUUUUCAGAAAGAAAAUGCUCUAUCUUGAUGAAGCAGCUAUUCUCAGCAGUUCAUUAUAUGCACUAACAAGGAGUCACACAUAGGGAUCUAAAGCCUGAAAAUCUCAUGCUAGUAUCACCUGAUGAUGAUUUUGAUAUCAGAAUAAUUGAUUUUGGUUUAAGUAAGAAAUACCCACCACCUUAAUCCACAAAUCAAGGUAGAUCCUAAGUUAGAACUUAAACUAAAGUUGGAACACCUAUAUAUGUUGCACCAGAAGUAUUAUUAGGUAAGUAUUCUUAAACUUGUGAUGAAUGGUCUUUAGGAUGUAUCAUGUAUGUUUUACUCUGUGGUGAACCACCUUUCUUUAGUAACAAUCUCAAGGUUCUAGAAGAAAAGAUAUAAACAAAAGACAUACAGUUUAAAGAAAAUUCUUGGUAACAAAUCUCUAAUGAAGCUAAAAUGCUUGUUAUCAGAUUGCUUGAUAAAAAUCCAAAAAAACGCAUUACAUGUGCUUAAGCUUUGUCUAGUCCAUGGAUUCUAAAAUAUGGUUCUGCACCUCCUAGUAGAAUGGAAUCUAUUCCUAAUAAUGAAUAAGAAAAUGAAAAAGCCAUUUAAUUAUUGAGAACUUAUGGAAAUAUAUCCAAAUUAAAGAAAGAAACUCUUAAUAUUUUAUUAAAUUAAUUAAAUGAAACUCAAAUAUAAUCUCUUAGAUAAUAAUUUGAAGAAUUUGAUAAAGAUCAUAGUGGUACUAUUUCAGUUAAAGAAAUGACAUAAAUAAUGAAAAAAUUAGGAUUUAAUGACACUGAAAAAGAAAUAUAAGAAUUGAUUAAAAAGUUAAAAUUGUCAAAUAAAAAUGAUGUUUCAUCAUAUGGAGAUUUAAAUAUCUAAUAUUCUGAGUUUAUGAUGGCAUUAUUAAAUUAAUAAUAAUAUUUAAAUGAAGAAAGAUUAUGGGGUUUAUUUAAAUAAUUUGAUAUAGAUAACAAAAAUUAUAUAACAAGUCUUGAUGUAAGAAGAGCAUUUGAGAGAAGAGGAAAAUAAUUAUCCACAAUAAAAGUAGAUACUAUGUUUAAUGAAAUAAGUUUAAAAAGUUAAGAUAAAAUUGACUUUUAAAGAUUUCAUGAUUUGAUGCUAGCAGAUUCUUUAAAAACUCAAGAUGAUGAAAAUCAUAUACCAAAUAUGAGUAAAAUGUCUACUACUAAUAAUCCAUAAAAUUUGCCUUAUUUAAAUUAACCUAUUGGAGAUUUCAAUUUUGAUAUUUGA